CGCUUCACCUCCGCGAGCGCGACGACACCGUACGGCCUCCCAAGACGGCAAGACCUCACUCACCCACCGACCCAUGGAGCAGAUGCAGCGGCGGGCCGACACCGGCGACGCGCCGGCGAGCGCCCAGGACCAGCAGUCCCGUCGAGGUCCAGACAAGGACCAGCAGCAGCCGCGGCCGCAGGAGCCUUCUUCUUUGAACCCGGCGGCGGCGAGGCUGCUCCGCGAGGCCAUCGUAUCCCAGCCGGCGCCCGUGACGGGCUCGUCGGACAUCCUCGCCUUCGCGCGCUCCGUCGACCGCGCGGACACGCCCCUCGAGAGUGACCCUCUCGCUUUCCUUGUGCUGUCAGCUUGCUUGCCUUUGCUUCAUUUUCUUUCGUUCUUCCCCCAUCUUGUCUUGUACUUGAACCGCAAUAAAAAGGUCAACUCCCUUUGUCUUUCUUUUCUUCCUCGUCAGUUUGUUGGCCAUUUCGGCUUGGAGAGAUGA